AUGAGUCAUUUUGGGCCUGAAAGAACUAAGAAAAAGCGUGUUCGACAUUGGACCGCUGAAGAUAGAGCUGUGCACCGAGAGUUUGAGAAGUCACGCCGAGAAGCCUUUAGCGAGCGCCUACUGGAACUGACAAAAUUACUUCCAAUGCUGAAGGAGGAAAUACGGCCUUCCAAACAUAUCAUAGUGGAUGCAAGCAUAGCUCAUCACAAGACCCAGCAAACAAAAUGCGACCAGGCCGCUAGUACGAUUCGGAAACUACUAGCUGAACGCGAUGAGCUGUUAAAAGAGGUCAACAGUCUUCGUGCCUUGUACCGACCUGGCACCUCUAUUCCACGCCAAGCCGUGCCAGUUGAUCUCGGCGUUCUCGAGCUCCUUGCAGAAAGCGAUAACUCGAAUCCAAGUAUUCUUACCAUGCUCCCUGGAAAGAGACUAGAUGUUGAGAAAGGCCUUAAAGAAAGGUCGAAUACUUCACAACAAGCUUCUUUGUUGCCUGCAACCACUGGUACCGACGGAUCGUCCCAAGGGGCUGUUUAUCCAGAGCAACCUAUUGAAACCCCGCCUUUCGCAUAUUCGCCAGUUGAGGCCGGGUGGGUUCUAGAUAACCCCAGCAAGGCUACAACAGCUAUGUCACAGGAUCUUAUUGAUGCUUCCUUUCUUUGGAACCAAUCGCCGGAAAUCAUACCUUCCCGACCAAAAGCUGGAGAUCCCAGGCACAAUAGUAGACUUAGUACUUCGUGCCUCGUUAGCGACUCGGCUUCAUUUUGGAAUAUGCACCCUGGUGCUAUGCUAGCAACAUCUCCGGAUACGAAUCUACAUUAUGAUCUCGGAGCCUCGCAAUGGACAAUCAAUGUCACCAAGCCAGAUAUUUCAAACUUCAGCUUCCAUGUUGCCAAAUUCAGAAAGUCUGUCUAUAUGAAAGAAGACUCUGACAAUUUCCAUAUCAACCAGAUAAUCAAGAAAAACUCAAAUAUUCUUCAUAGCCUCCUCGAUCUUCGCCUGGCUUCUCUUCUCCGCAGCAACAAAUAG